AUGCGGCCGGGGGGCGAUGCGGGCGGCGCGGAGCCGGCGGUAGUGCCCGCACCGGGCCCCCCCGGGAGCAUGGGCUGCAUCGGCUCCAAAACCACCAUCGUGGCUGUGGACACGACGCUGUGCGUGGAGUGGAAGGAGGUGAAAGCACUGUCGCCACUGAGCGCCGCCCGCCCGCUGCCCCGCCUGGCGCGCCAGGCCUCCUUCGACAGCCAGGACUUCCUCCAGGUCAAUGUUGAGGACACUGUCGAGAUGCUGCCCAAGUCGCGGCGCGCGCUGACCAUCCAGGAGAUUGCCGCCCUGGCCCGCUCCUCGCUGCACGGCAUCUCGCAGGUGGUGAAGGAGCAUGUGACAAAGCCGACGGCCAUGGCGCAGGGCCGCGUCGCCCACCUCAUCGAGUGGAAGGGCUGGUGCAAGCCGGUGGAGCCACCCACCGCCCUGGAGAGCGCCUUCAGCUCCUACUGCCACCUGAGCGAGGGCGAGCAGGAGGCGCGCUUCGCUGCCGGCGUGGCGGAGCAGUUUGCCAUCGCCGAGGCCAAGCUGCGAGCCUGGUCCUCAGUGGACGGGGACGACUCCAAUGACGAGUCCUACGACGAGGACUUCAUGCCCUCCACGGAGAGCUCCCAGCCCACCG